GUGACAUCCCUCCCACUUGCUCGACUUGAAACCAGAGGCAAGGUUUAGGGUUGGGGAACAAGUUCAGGAAGUUGUGUUAACUGAUAAGACAAAAACGUAUGUAGCUUAAAAUAAGACGUUUUUUUAACUUAUUAGCUUAGUGUUGAGUUAGGAAUUGGAAAUACAGCUUCGAUUUGACGUGUGUGAAUUUCUGCAAAUUGGUCCCCACUCCGACAAUACUGUAUGGUGUGUGGUCGUACACACCCUAACUCCUGGAUAUGGCAGGUCUUUAUGGUCUGAAGAUCCUGCUGCUCUGGGCUGGAAUCAUCGGUUUGGCCAACUGUCAACAACUCGACCCGCCACCCCCCUCACCUACACGCACCACCACUUUAACAACAAAUUCCACUUCACCUUCAGUAACCAGCUUAUCUGUCACCUCCUCAACUCCACGCACCAUGGCAGCAACCACUGUCAUGGCUUCAGGCACCUCAGUAACGACCCACACUCCUCCACUCACCUCACAAAACAGUUCAACAACAGUGGAUGCCACUUCUCCUGCAAACAACUCACACACAGACAAACCACCAACAAGACUACAGACCCUCAGACAAAUGCCUUACCUCCAAACACCACGUCCACCACAGUGAAUCCACCACCAAAGCCACUCCACCAUCAACUCCACAGUGUGGUUACACUGUCACACCUGUCAUAUGGCUUCGAGAUCAACAUUACAGGCACCAUGGUAACUACUCCAUGAACAUUAGUGAGGAAGGCCAACCUGGAAAGACCCACCACCAUCAGCUCUCCAAUCAAGAACUUAUCUCAUGUCAAUUCCUGAAGCCCUGUACUGAAUAUGAACAUCAUGUGGCAUUUGUUGAUCAUGUUGGCAAAGAAACACCCUGUAACAGCGCUGAAGAUAAAACUAGAACAAUUGAAAUGAAUAAAGAUGACAUUAAAAAUGGCAGCUGCACCCCUGGAUAUGUUUGUUACCACAGUGAUUGGGACAUCAGCACUUCACUGUCAGCAUCAAAUAAUAUUCCAGCUGAGCCCUGCAAAAGUGACCAGACAACAUUCUGCAUCAAACCUGGUUUCAAUGACAUUUGUUCAGAUUUGACUACAACCUUCACCUGUGGGAAUACUUCCUUUAAUUUCACCAAAAGCAUCGGUGUUGAUUUCUUGAAUCUAAGUGAAAUAAUCCAGAAACCUCCAACUAAACUUCCUGCAAAAAUAGAACCAACUUUACCAAACUGUCUCACUGUUAAUUACACCUGUCUGGAAGAUGGAAAAUCCAACGAGUUCAAGGACUUGUCUGAACUGGAGCCCUUCACACAAUACAACUGUACUGGUCAGAUCAAGGAGAACAAUGUCUCCAUUGAACACAAAACAAUUGCUAUCAACGUCAAAAUUGAAUGUGAUCUUGACAUAAGAAUCACAAAUGAAAUGCCUGCUGAUACCUCCAUUGUUUUGAGUUGGACCAACAGCAGUAAGAACUGUCCAUAUCCACACCUCCAGAAGCUUUCUUAUGACUGCAGUUGUUGGACUUCCUCCCAGUGGAAACCCAAUGAUCCAACACGUUCAAAAGGACAAAGCUGCAAUAUAAGUGGACUGAAACCAUUCACUGAUUAUACCUGUAAAGUCCAACCCACCUACAACAACAAGAACGUCAGCAAACCAAAAGAAGUUAAAUAUUUGAAAACUGCUGCUGGAAAACCAGACAAUAUUCAAAAACUGAGAGUGGAGCAUCCAGAUCAUAAUGUGAUCACAGUAACCUGUGAUAGACUAAUACAUUUUAAUGGACCUGAGAAGAUAUACAUUGCAAGUCUUUAUGAAACUAGUGACCCUUCGAAGAAGCCUGAAGAGGAACGAAACAAUGAAUGCAAAUUUACAUUUAGUGAUCUAAGAUACUCUACGUCCUACAACUUAACGGUGACUGCUUUCAACGGGAAACAUAGGAGUAAACUGGCCAAGUCAGAGAUUGUUGAGACUUACUAUAACAACAAAGCUGUAAUUGGGUUUCUGGUCUUCCUCAUCAUUCUCACAUCUGUGGCUCUACUUUUGGUCAUCUACAAGAUUUACAUUCUGAAGCGCAGACAGUCCCAUGACAUGAGUGAAAACAUGAUGCUCAUAUCAACUACGAAUGAUGAGGAGAACCUGCUUCCAGUUGAGCCAAUAGCAGCAGAAGUCCUGCUGGAAGCCUACAAGAGGAAGCUUGCUGAUGAGGGAAGACUUUUCCUGGCCGAGUUUCAGAGCAUCCCCAGAAUUUUCUCAAGGUACACCGUGAAAGAAGCCAAAAAGCCCUGCAAUGUCCCCAAGAACCGCUACGUGGAUAUCCUGCCAUAUGAUUACAACCGUGUACAGCUGACCACUGGAAAUGGAGAGGCUGGAUGUGACUACAUUAAUGCCAGCUUUAUUGAUGGAUACAAGGAAUCCAAAAAGUACAUUGCAGCUCAAGGACCAAAGGAUGAGACUGUGGGUGACUUCUGGAGGAUGGUUUGGGAACAGCAGUCCUCUAUCAUUGUCAUGGUAACUCGCUGUGAAGAGGGAAACAGGGUCAAGUGUGCACAGUACUGGCCUACUCCAGACCGAGACACUGAGAUCUUUGAGGAGUUUAUAGUGAAGCUGAACUCAGAGGACCAGUGUCCAGAUUACACCAUCCGCCGUCUCAGCCUAACUAACAAGAGGGACAAGAACUCAGAGAGGGAGGUGACCCACAUCCAGUUUAUGAGUUGGCCUGACCACGGCGUCCCAGGGGAGCCACAUCUCCUCCUGAAACUGAGGCGUCGUGUCAAUGCUUUCAAGAAUUUCUUCAGCGGCCCCAUCGUUGUUCACUGCAGCGCGGGAGUCGGCAGGACAGGCACCUACAUUGGCAUCGAUGCCAUGAUGGAGGGUCUAGAGGCGGAGGGCAGAGUGGACAUCUACGGCUAUGUAGUCAGACUUCGCAGGCAGAGAUGUCUAAUGGUUCAAGUAGAGGCCCAGUACAUCCUGAUUCACCAAGCACUGCUGGAGCACAAUCAGUUCGGAGAAACUGAAAUCACCCUACCGGAGCUCCACGGCACACUGAGCACGCUCAAACAGAGCAACUCAGGCAGUGAACCCACCUUAAUGGAGGAGGAGUUUGAUCGACUCCCCACCUAUAGAAACUGGAGGACAUCCAACACUGGGAUCACAGAAGAAAACAAAAACAAGAAUCGUUCUUCAUCUGUCAUCCCAUAUGACUACAACCGAGUGUUGCUCAAGCUUGAUGAAGGUCACAGUCGUGACAGUGACCCUGAUGAGGAUGAUGAAGAAGAGUCCUCAGAUGAGGAGGAUGAAGAGUCCACUAAAUACAUCAAUGCCUCCCAUAUAGACGGUUACUGGGGCCCGCGCGCCUUCAUCGUAGCACAGACUCCACUGCCAGACACCAUGGCUGACUUCUGGUCGAUGGUCUACCAGAAGAAAGUGUCUACUAUUAUCAUGCUCUCAGACUACAGUGAAGGAGAUAAGGAGUCUGACUGUGUCUACUGGGAUAAAGACAAGAAAACAUUUGGGGAGUGUGAGGUGGAGGUGACAAGCACAGACACCUCCCCAACUUUCGUCACCCGCAACAUGCUGAUCCGUCAUGUCAAGAGGAAAGAGAGUCGACCCGUGAAACAGUUCCAGUUGCUGAAGUGGGGGAGCGGAGAGGUGCCGGAGAAACCUCAAGAUCUCACAGACAUGAUCAAGGGCAUCAAGAACAGCUGUGGCAGCAGCAAAUCACAGAGGAACAUUCCCAUUGUCGUCCACUGCAAUGAUGGCUCAUCCCGUUCAGGGAUUUUCUGUGCUCUGUGGAACGUGCUGGACAGUGCAGAGACUGAGAAGCUGGUGGAUGUUUUCCAGGUGGUAAAAACCCUACGCAAGGAGAGACAAGGCAUGCUCUCCGGCCUGGAGCAGUACCAGUUCUUGUACGAUGCACUGGAGGGUGUCUUCCCUGUCCAGAACGGAGACGUGAAAGCUGGCCAGGUCUCUGCAGUCAUCGAGGUUGUCAAUGAAACCAAAGCAGCAGAGGAAAAAGCUGAGCAGCCAGCCAGCUCUACCCCCAAUGGGCAGCAGGUGGCAGCAGAAACCACUCCUGUAGCUGAUGGAGAGAAGGAAAACAAAAAAGAGGAGCCUGAAAAAGUUUCCAGCGCCCCCACAGAGACAUCAUCGGAGGACACCAGCAAAGGCGCCAUCCUCACUGUGGAGGUGUGAGAGGGGUGGCUGGGGCAUGACUGUGUCUUUUACUUUUGGGAAAUAAGUGCUUCAGCUGAAUGCUUUUUUUUAAAAAAAAUACUGAAUGAAUGUAUAAACAUUGUAAAGCUUUAACACAGUGUGGGUUUUUUUUUUUUUGCUUGAGAUUUGUUUGAAUUUGAUCAAAUGUUUUAAUGUCAAUUUCCAAAAAAUAUGAUUUAAACUAAGUUAUAAAUAUUACGUUAGUAAAGGUGUAAGGAUGCAAAUAAUUUCUGUGGACAAAGUUUACUAAAUGCUGUUGUCAAACUAGGGGCCUUUGAUUAACUGUAUAGUUAGAGACAUCUAAGAACAAAUUUUUAAAUAUACAGUGUAUAAGAUGGUGUUUUAUACCCCUAUGUUUGUGUUUAUGUAUUCAUUAUCUCGCUAAAUAAACUGAUGCUAUAGUUACAUUUAUAUAUAUCUGGUUUAGCAGAAUAAUUUAGUCUUUAAGGUCAAUAUUUGUUAUGUGACACUGUGACAUUUCAUUAAAAGAGACUUGCCAAGA